GAAACGUCAGUCUACGGAUGCCUGCGUAGGUGAUCUUGAUGUGUGUUGUCACACUGAAUGCGGCAAAAGGGGGAGUUCAGACCUUGACGUAACUAACAGAAAAUUAUUUGGUUCGCAAAUACUUGGAAAUAACGAUAAAGCUGAGUUUGCAGAAUUUCCAUGGAUGCUGGCGCUACUUGAAAAUAAAGUUUACUUGUGUGGAGCUUCCUUAAUUCACCCUCAAGUAGCCGUCACAGCAGCACACUGUGUUGUUUACAAGACAGACAUUGUUGUAAGGGCAGGAGAAUGGGACUGGGCUGUGACAACAGAACCUUUUCCGCAUCAAGAACGCACCGUUAAACAG